CAUGACGGAGGAUGCGGGGGAAGAAGGCGGGAGCUGAGGGCUGGAGACUCUCGGUUGACAUAGUAACUUCAGCCUGGUCUCUCGUGCUCUGGGUUCUCAGGCUCCGCUGCCACCCUCAGCCCCUCCUGUGCACUCUGUCCCGGAGCCCUGGCCACCUCCCAGUGAGGUCCGCUUGGCCAGACGCGCUCAGUUCAAGGUCCCCUUUGCGCCCCCCUCAACAGUGACUUCUCCACAGGGGAAGCCACUCGCAGAGCCCAGACUGCUAGGCGUUUGCCUCAUCCUUGUCCCCUGGGCAUCGCUUUGCCCCGGACCAGUUCGACAGGUAACGGGGCCUCUAGGCACCAGGUUCCUGUUGGAACUGUCGACCCCUCCCCCAGGAACAGGGCCCAGGCCAGUCGAGCAUUCUUGCCAUGAACCAGAACCCUGCGUUCGUGCCCCGGCGGGGCGGCUCUCCUUCGGCGGCUGCCGGAGCCGGCGCGCGGCGCAACGAAAGCCAGGACUAUCUGCUCAUGGACUCGGAACUGGGAGACGAUGACUGCCCGCAGCUCCCGCUGCCUCCCUACGGCUACUACCCCGGCUUCCGGGGCACUGACAAUAGACUGACACACCGGCGGCAGACAGUUCUUCGUGAAAAGGGGAGAAGGUUAGCUAAUCGAGGACCAGCGUACAUGUUUAAUGACCGCUCAACAAGCCUAUCUAUUGAGGAAGAACGCUUUUUAGAUGCAGCUGAAUAUGGCAACAUCCCGGUGGUGCGGAAGAUGUUAGAAGAAUGUGUCUCUCUCAAUGUGAACUGUGUAGAUUACAUGGGCCAGAAUGCCCUGCAACUGGCAGUGGCCAAUGAGCACCUGGAAAUUACAGAGCUGCUUCUCAAGAAAGAAAACCUCUCACGGGUUGGAGAUGCUUUGCUUCUAGCUAUUAGUAAAGGUUAUGUUCGGAUUGUGGAGGCAAUUCUCAGUCAUCCGGCUUUUGCUGAAGGCAAGAGGUUAGCCACAAGCCCUAGCCAGUCAGAACUGCAGCAAGAUGAUUUUUAUGCCUAUGAUGAAGACGGGACACGGUUCUCCCAUGACGUGACUCCAAUCAUUCUGGCUGCUCACUGCCAGGAAUAUGAAAUUGUGCACACUCUCCUGCGGAAGGGUGCUCGGAUUGAACGGCCUCAUGAUUAUUUCUGCAAGUGCAGUGAAUGCAACCAGAAACAAAAGCAUGACUCCUUUAGCCACUCCAGAUCUAGGAUUAAUGCCUAUAAAGGUCUGGCAAGUCCAGCUUACCUGUCAUUGUCUAGUGAAGAUCCAGUCAUGACAGCUUUAGAACUUAGCAAUGAGCUGGCAGUGCUGGCCAACAUUGAGAAAGAGUUCAAGAAUGACUACAAAAAAUUGUCAAUGCAAUGCAAAGAUUUUGUGGUUGGACUCCUCGAUCUGUGCAGAAACACUGAAGAAGUCGAAGCCAUUCUGAAUGGGGAUGUUGAAACACGGCACCUGGGUGAUCACAGUCGUCCCAAUCUCAGCCGUUUAAAACUUGCCAUUAAAUAUGAAGUAAAAAAAUUUGUAGCUCAUCCAAACUGCCAACAGCAACUUCUCUCCAUAUGGUAUGAAAAUCUUUCCGGUCUCAGGCAACAGACGAUGGCAGUCAAGUUCCUCGUGGUCCUUGCUGUGGCCAUUGGACUCCCUUUCCUGGCUCUCAUUUACUGGUGUGCUCCUUGCAGCAAGAUAGGGAAGAUAAUGCGUGGACCAUUCAUGAAGUUUGUAGCGCAUGCAGCCUCCUUCACCAUAUUUCUGGGACUUUUAGUCAUGAAUGCAGCUGACAGAUUUGAAGGCACCAAACUCCUUCCUAAUGAAACCAGCACAGAUAAUGCAAAACAGCUGUUCAGGAUGAAAACAUCCUGCUUCUCAUGGAUGGAGAUGCUCAUUAUAUCCUGGGUAAUAGGCAUGAUAUGGGCCGAAUGUAAAGAAAUCUGGACUCAAGGCCCCAAAGAAUACUUAUUUGAGUUGUGGAAUAUGCUUGAUUUUGGAAUGUUAGCAAUCUUUGCAGCAUCAUUCAUUGCAAGAUUCAUGGCAUUUUGGCAUGCUUCCAAAGCUCAGAGCAUCAUUGAUGCAAAUGAUACUUUGAAGGACUUGACAAAAGUUACAUUGGGAGACAAUGUGAAAUACUACAAUUUGGCCAGGAUAAAGUGGGACCCUUCUGAUCCUCAAAUUAUAUCUGAAGGUCUUUAUGCAAUUGCUGUAGUUUUAAGUUUCUCCAGAAUAGCAUAUAUUUUACCUGCAAAUGAAAGCUUUGGACCUCUGCAGAUAUCACUUGGAAGAACAGUAAAAGAUAUCUUCAAGUUCAUGGUCAUAUUCAUCAUGGUGUUCGUGGCCUUUAUGAUUGGAAUGUUCAACCUCUACUCCUACUACAUUGGGGCAAAACAAAAUGAAGCCUUCACAACAGUUGAGGAGAGUUUUAAGACACUGUUCUGGGCUAUAUUUGGACUUUCUGAAGUGAAAUCAGUGGUCAUCAACUAUAAUCACAAAUUCAUUGAAAACAUCGGUUAUGUUCUUUAUGGCGUCUAUAAUGUUACAAUGGUCAUUGUUUUGCUAAAUAUGCUAAUUGCAAUGAUUAACAGUUCAUUCCAGGAAAUUGAGGAUGAUGCUGAUGUGGAGUGGAAAUUUGCAAGGGCCAAACUUUGGUUUUCCUACUUUGAGGAGGGGAGAACACUUCCUGUUCCCUUCAACCUGGUACCAAGUCCAAAGUCCCUGUUUUAUCUCUUACUGAAGUUUAAAAAAUGGAUUUCUGAGCUGUUCCAAGGUCAUAAAAAAGGAUUUCAAGAGGAUACAGAGAUGAACAAGAUGUAUGACUUACAGGACUCAAGAAAUGAAGAAAAGAAAUUUGGAAUUUUGGGAAGUCAUGAAGACCUUUCAAAAUUAUCACUUGACAAAAAACAGCUUGGACACAACAAACAAUCAAGUAUAAGGAGUUCUGAGGAUUUCCAUUUAAAUAGUUUCAAUAAUCCUCCAAGACAAUAUCAGAAAAUAAUGAAGAGGCUCAUUAAAAGAUAUGUGCUGCAAGCCCAGAUCGAUAAGGAAAGUGAUGAAGUUAACGAAGGGGAACUGAAGGAAAUUAAGCAGGACAUCUCAAGUCUCCGUUAUGAACUUCUUGAAGAAAAAUCUCAGAAUAUGGAAGACCUAGCCGAACUUAUUAGAAAACUUGGGGAGAAAUUAUCUUUGGAGUCAAAUCAAGAGGAAAGCAAUAGAUAAUGCAAAGACUUCCUUAAGAAUUUGUAUUUAUUUGUCCACUUGAAGCCAUAUUAUUUUCUGAUUUAUUUUUUUAAGUGCUAAUGGUAAAAAAAAAAUUGCUUAAAAAUGCUAUCUUGGAUCAUCCUGUCGUCUGGAACCCACCAAAUAGUUCAAUAUUCAAAAAAUUCAAAAUAUCUAAUAUUUUUUGUUAUUAAAGUGUAUUACUGAGGCCACAUAUUGUAGAUAUGAUGGAACUGUUGCCCUGUUGCUUGGUGUUUGCUUUAUAAACUGCUUUCUUGGGUGUAACUAUUGUGAUGAUACAACUGCCAAGUGGUGCUUGCCUGGGAAUGGAUCUCAGAUGGCAGGGGACUGAGCCACAUAAUUUUCUGUGUGGUUUUUCCUUCAAAGGUAAGUUCAGGCAUUUUUCUACCUGUUUGGUGGAUUCCCUACUAGUGACUUCCAGCCCUAAAAUAUAGGGGGAAGAAAUCUAUGGCCAUUUAAAGAAUGCUGUCCAGUUAUCAUUUACCUUACAUAGGCCCCAACAAAUAUGAUUGAAGCUAUGUACAAAACACCUAUGUCAGAUUUUGAUUCAUCUCUGAAAACAUUACCCUUAAUAACGAAAAAAUAUUUCCAUCUCUGAACCCUGGAAACAUGGUUCAGCUGUGUGUGUGUGUGUGUGUGUGUGUGUGUGUGUGUGUGUGACUGUAUGUGUGUAUAUGAAAGUGUGCACACAUAUACAUAAAAUGCUUGCCCUAUUUCUUUCAUAGUUGAUAUGAACACUCAAUAUCUCUUUAUAUUUUGAUUUUUUUUUGUGACUGAAAAAUUACUGUCCAGCUACAGACCUUUUACUGGAGAAAUAUCAAAGUCACAAAUGAUGUUCAAUUAUAGCAAAAUUUUGUGCCAUUUCUGAGGAUAUUAACAGAUGAAUUACAUUUGGCCAUUGAAUGUAAAGGGGAAAAAAGUGAUUAGGAAUUUGCAAUAUUUUUCUGUUAUUCCCAAUAUGUUCUAUUCUUUUCCCCAAAUAUAUAAAACAGCAAUUAUCUUUUGUGUGCAUUCACCAAGAGGUAGUUGUUAUUAUUUACUAAUACUGUGAGGUGAUAUUGUGGACUAAAAAAGAGAAAUCAAAGUUCAUUUGUUUAUACAAUGAAGGUCAGCAUUCAGAUGAUGCUGGUCAUUAACUGGAAAUGCACUUUAAAUAUAGUAAAGAGAAUCUUCUAAAGUAAAUCUUCAGUUUCAUUUAAAAAUAAAAUGGUCACAAAAAAGUUAUUUAUCUCCAAAUUGAACUUAAUUUAAGCAAAAGUCCUUUAUGU